UUCAGUUAGCAGCAGCAGAAGCGAAACAGACAGAAUAGUAACAGUUAACAUAAUUCUUGCUUCCUUGCUUGUAUUUUAUUCUCCAAUGUAAUUAAAUACAAGGGACAAGGUCGUUUACAACCAGUUAUUAGGUCAUGGCUAAUCAUUUUGCUUAGUACAAUAUAGUGUCAAGUACAUCAAACAGGAUAAUUUGAAUAAGACUUGUUAUUUUACUGGGGUAAUGUGUGAACAUAAUAGAUUGUCAUCGUUGCGCUAUAUCAGCUUGUGUUACCUCUGCUCAUAAUUGGAAUAUAGUCAUAUAAAACAUCAGGUUCUUAAAUAUCCUUCAUUUUAGUUUUUUUUUUUAAAGAGAAGGAGUUAGAUUGCAACAAUGGAUACUCUUAGGUUAUACAUUAUAACAUGGAACCUGGCAGAACAAAUGCCUCCAGCAGACUUAGACCUGAAAGAGUUGUUGAAUUUGAAUUCAGAAAUGCAUUCAAAACCAGAUAUUUAUAUAAUUGGUUUCCAAGAGGCCAAAGUUGAUCUUUUAACAGGAAAGUGGGGUACAGCUUUCAAGAAUGUACUGAAGGAACAUAACUAUGUGGAAGUGAACUGUGUUCGUCUGCUGGGCAUUGUAACGUAUGUGUUGGCUCAAGAGAAACACAUCACCAAGAUACGUAACAUGGAGACUGGUACUACAGCAACAGGUCUACUCGGUAUUAUUGGCAACAAAGGUGCAGUGACUUUCCGUAUGGACUUGUACGGAGCCUCGGUUUGUCUAGUCAACGCUCACUUGGCAGCUCAUGACGGCCAUCUUAGUGAGCGGAUAGCAAGCUACAACACUAUAGUUGAAAACCAGAAAUUCAAACUCAAUGAAGAAACAACCAAAAUAUUUUUCCAUGACUAUGUGUUCUGGUACGGAGACCUCAACUUUCGUCUAGAAGGUGACAGUUCACCAGCAGAACUUGCAGACACAGUUGCGGCAAAACAACUUGACAGACUCUGGGAGAAAGACGAGCUAAGUAGAGUACGAGCAUCAGGUGAAGCAUUCAGUGAGCUGACGGAACAACGACCUACAUUCAACCCUACCUACAAGCAUGAGUUUGGCAAGACUAAGUACAGCAGUAGCAGGCGGCUAGCAUGGACAGAUCGAGUGCUGUACAAAGUCAACAAAGACAACUACCAAAAUGUUACAUUGAGUGCUACCCAAACCAGCUACAACAGUGUGGAGUCCUACACCAUCAGUGACCACAAGCCUGUGUAUGCUGAGUUUGAUAUCAAGGUGUUCAGUGACUACUCAGAUAGAGAGGUCUCCUUUGCUUCCAUCGACACUUGGUAUUUAGAUGAAGAGAACUCUGUUGUCUGUCAUCUACCUUCAGAUGUCAAUCCAUCAAUAUGGGAUUGGGUUGGAAUAUUUCAGGUAAUUGAUGGGCUUAUAAACCUGCAAGACUAUGUGUCCUACAUCUACCUGCCUUAUCAACGAGAUGAUCGAAUAUCACAAUCAGGCACCAACGUCACUCUCAGGUUUCCCCCGACCUCUGUCAGAGAGCCAGGACUGUAUAGACUGUUGUACUUCACUAGAGAUGCUAGCAGUCUGCUUGGUGUGUCGGCACCUUUUAGUGCUAUACAUCGACCUGGUGGUGUUCUCACAUCAACGGUCACACGAAGAAUCCCAAAUUCCGCUGUACAAGUCUGUCAACGAGCUGCGUCUAAUGCUGUCGCUCUUCACAACAAUCUCUACACUACUUGACUUACAACACUUCUCAUACAUUCCUACAUCCUCAUUGUAUAAAGUAAAACGUUGUUAUAUCACAUCACAGAGUUAUUAUCUUAAAAAUUAACAUAACAAUGUUUAAAAUUAACAAAUAUCAUUUUUAUAAACGCCGAUGUUCGGUUUUGCAAUUAACUUGUCUAUUGGGAUGAUUCAUUUAUCAUUUAUUUGCUUUACCUUUUUUACUGAGUACUUAACAAAGAAAUCCCGUCUUAUCAACCUAUCUUGAUUCUGUUAUUUGUAUUCCUUUUCGAAAUUCUUAUACAGUUGACUCCCUGUUAUCUGGACACCUUUUAACCGGACAUCGGUUUAACCUGACUACACUCAGCGGAAAUGUCAUCUCUUUGACCGGACAAUGUUUAUCAGCACAUCGGUUUAACCGGACUUGAUCGACAGGAAGUGGGCAGUACUGAAACGACUGUUCUUGUGGGAAAGAUUUGAGACCAGUGAUCAAGUGUAUAAACCCAAUGCUCUCCUAAAUUUAAGUCAAAUAUUUGGGUUUCAUGGAUUUAAAUGGUCUGUUUUAAUGAAUUUUUGGGGACGUCGGUUUAACCGGAAAACUCAAUAUCUGGACUGGUCUCGGUCCCGAGGAGUCCAAAUAAGAGGGGGUCUACUGUAGAGUAAAGGUUGAUGGUUUCUUGGCAGAUAAACAGGGUACCGGUAAAAGCUUUCUUUUCCCUGGUAGGUUACUUGAUGCGUUGCAAGCAUAAAGGGUGUUUAUGUUACUGAUGGUAGAUCUAGUUUUACAGUUAUAGUUUGUUUACAUUUGUCAGGAUUCAAUUAUCAUUAUGUCAAAAUACUAGCCCUCCUGUUUGUUGGUUAGCAAGAUUUCUAUUCCUCUCUUCUGUUGAUAAUUCUCUUCGGUGUAAAAAGAUACUAUGAUUGAUAUCUUCAGAUCUAUUGUAAGUUGAAGUUGACUAACAAAUUCGAUAUCUUUUAAAAAUAAAGGUUAACAAAUCCUUUAGAACUGUGAUUACAUAAAAAACUAGAUAGACGUUAUAAAAUGAUAAUUACUUAUUAAAUGACUAAAAAAUAUAGCUUUUGUAUGUCAUCUAGAACAACUCGAAAGCUGAGAGUGUAUCUUAAAAAAGCAAAGGCGAUAAACAAAAUAACUCUACAGCCCUUACUGACUUAACCCGUGUUACUCAUUAGAGCAAUAAUCAACAGGGACUACAGGGGGUAGUUAUUCUUAGGAAGAUCUAUGGCCCAAAUAGGGUAAAAGAUUGGUGGGUAAUGUAGAAGCCAUUUACCAAGAAAAUCUCUAAUGACUUGAAACGUAUAAAGAAUUCAUUAGAUGGAAAACGUCCACAGAUUGGGAGAAACAAUUAAUUGUUUGAGCAUUUUGGAGGACACCUUGGAAGUGGUGAUGGAAUCGCAAUGGCUGUAGAGAUGACUGAGAAUGUUGACACAAAUGUCUGUGAUAGCUGACCAAUGUUGAAGAUGAUCUCUGUGAUAACUGUUAAUUUCAAGCUAAGUGAAGCUUGCUAGAAUAAAUUACUCUCCAAUACCUGCACCUGUAGAGGAGCUCUUCAGCUAGAACUACAGAUUUUGAUUGUAGCUGUAUUUCACAUAUACAAUCCUCACAACCAAUCCUUAUUUUAUAAACAUCAGAAUACUUGAAAACAAUGUAAAUGAGGGAAGUUCAAGAAGUAACAGACGUUUUGAAACAAAAAUAAACAAAAUUACAUAAUUCAAUAUUUUUGUAAAACUUCCAAGGUAUGCUCUUAAGAUUUAUUUCUCCCUAAUCAGUAUUCAUAUUAGGUCAUUUAUUUGUUUAUCUGUUGCCAAAAACCUUUUGAUUCGCUCUGAGUAGCAAUCAGCUGUGUGAGACUGUGAUUAUUGGUUUAUCACUGAAUCACAAUAUUGUUUUCUUAUUAUAAGGAAUUUUAUCAUGAGUUAAGUUUUCGCUGUAAUUUCUUGAGAAGAACUUUAUGAAAUUUGGGGGAAAUGUUCAAAGAGUUCCAUAACUGUCUAACAAUAUUGUCAUGUUUUGUAUUUGGCUUUAGCUUCAUUAGACUCACUCAGAAUUAGACAUGAUUUCUGACAGUAAAUUUCAAUGUGUCAACAUAAAUGUUGUGACUGCUUGGUAAAUAAACAAUAUAUAGAAGAUAUAAUAUAUACUGAACAUCCAAACGCAACUAAAUUUGAAGAAAUGAGAACUUGUGCAGAAACACCCAGUCCACUGCACUAGACCAAAAUGUCUGUAACUUACUGAUCAGCCUACAUGCAGUAUUCCUUAUCUGUUCUUAUCUUUUUGUAAUAGACAUGUUUGUCAUUUUGUUUAAUAAAUUACAUCAACAUCAUCCCACAUCUUGUAGUAUACCUAACAAAGGUCGUGGAAUGUAGGGUUCAUGUUGACUACGAUAGUGGCAAUCUAGUAGACUUGGUAAGUUCAGCACUUCCCUAUAGAGAAAUAGACAGUGAGGUCAGCAGCAGACAGGAACUGCUGAAAUUAUUGUAUCCUAGUCUUGGGUGGCUUAGGUGAAGCAGUAGAAUGCUACAAUCAUCAGUUGUACAGUAAACACAAUAUUUAGUUUUACUUAUUGAAAAAGGAAAUUGUUUAUAAUUUAUCUUUACAUUUGAGUGCAGUUUUAUUUUGUUAAGAAUAUUACUACAUUUACUGUAUUUAUUUUAUCAUAUUAACUUUUAUAAAUUUUCUAGUUUGCACUUUACUUAGUUUUGACGAGAGUUUGUUUUCUGGUGUAGGGGAUAAAUUUUACAUAGUUUACUUUGUCCUGCUUUGCUGACUUUAUAACAUCAAUGGUGUUCCGAUUACUUUCAACAUUAUCUGCUGGAUUCAGUUACUUUUUUAAGAAUUUAUAUUUAUAUUUUGAAUCUUAUUUUAGUGAUAAUUUUUUUGCGAGUCGUUCAACAAACUAAUUACAAUCCCGUGUAAAUUCAGAAUCAAUGUGUAAAUACUAUUUUAGUUUUUUUUUUUUACUCAUACAAACAAAAAAGUUAUCUUAAGGGUUUAAACGUUUGGUAAAACAUAGAAAAGAUUUUAAAUAAUGUAAAAUAUCGUUGAAAAUAAACAAUUUCAUAAUUUAUACCUGAAUGAAAUAGUUAUUGUUGUAUUUAUUUGCUUUCUCUAUCAAUUAGUUUCUACCUGCUUGUGUGGCUUGAAUUAACUUUAGCUUGCUUCUGGUUGUGGUAUCUUGCACCGCAAGCAAUGAUAUUUGUUUAUAUCAUGCUUAGUUUGCUUAGCUUUAGUUUUCCAACUAAUUUUAACAUCCCGCAUCUAAUUAUUUACUGCUAAUUUACAUUAUUACUUUCACUACUUUGUUUAAAGUUCAACUUGGUAAAUUAUUCUUAUAAAAAGUUGAUUUUGCUUAUUUAUUACAAUAUUAAUUUUACACUAUCAACUUACACCAAACAAUUUAGACUCAACUGUUUUUUUUUUUUUUUUAUAUCAGUUUGUUAGUCUCGU